CCACCAUGCACUCUCUUCGUAGCGAUAUCAAGCUCAAGCAUGCCGCUCUCCCGGCCAACGAGCACACAGAGCUGAUCGCAGACGUCUCCGAGGACGAGGACGAGCUGCUGGUAGAGCUCGACUUCCCUGCGGUGAACAGCCAGUUCGAGACCUCCACGAUCCUGGCAGAGGCAGCGCCGCCGCGCGUCUUUCGUCGAUCGCAGAGGACAGGACGCGAAGCGAUGGAAGUAGACACUGUUCGAGGUCUUCGCAAUCGCCAGGUUGGAAGAGAUCUCAACAGGACAAACGAAGCAAGGCGUCUGGUGCAACUACGUGUUGUGCAGCUGUGAGCGUAUGAGGGAGGGUAUUAGGAUUGUAAAUUAAGUGUGAAUACAUUAUAAGUCGAA